UUUUUCUUUAUGCUAUUCCCGCUUUGCAGAAGUUUUAUUUAUGCUCAACGAUAAGGACUUAAAUUUAAAUAAGAAGUCCCCAUCCAAAUUUCCAAUAAUAUCCUCAUAGAUCCAGAUGGUCAUCAAUACCAGAUUCAAACUCAGCAAACAGACAUCCAAGGUACUUCUAUCUAUCACAUCAAUUUAAGGAAUUGCAUCCCAAUUUGAAACCUAACUCAACGACAAGGAUGAAGUACUACUCUACAUCAAGGAACUAAACUGUAAUGGAUAAAAUAUCAAGACAAACAUUGCAAUCAAUAUGAAACAAUAAAUUCAAAAGUCAACAGAAUCUGCUAUUCUCUACAAACAAAUUAAAAAGAAGAUCAAAAAAUUCAACCAAGUUUUUCAAAAAUCAGGCUAAAAACAGUUACUAACUAAAGAAAUCAUCUAACAUGAGUAAAAAAAGGAUCAAGAACAAGUACCUCGCAAAAACUCAGAAUCAUUAACCAUCACCAACAACGAUAUCAGCUAUAUCAAAUAUCUUGAAACAUUGAGCAAUGGCAUAAGCAAGAGUAUUUAUUAGUAAUAUCAUCUCUUAGAGUACGUGAUUGAGUAUUUCAAAAAAUAGAAAAUCAGAAGCCAGAAGUUCAUUAAUAUAAUGUACCCACCACUUCAAAUUGAGUAAGAACUAUUUGAAUUUUAAUGAUUUCACAAUAUCAUCGUUAGAAUUUUAAUCAUGA